AUGAUGACGCCUGAGCCUGCGCCAACGCUGAAGUACGAGCUCGUCUUCCGCCAAUUCGCGGACGGUCCGGCUCCAAUUCUCAACGCCGGCAGCUCUUCCAAUGUUCAGCAGGAGGAGCAGAAGCGCAAGAUGCACGCCCUCGAGCUAGAGAUCCACAAGCUGAGGGAAGACAACUCCAAACUUCAAGACAGGUACAGGUUCCAGGCGGAGGAGCUGCGCGCGCAGGCUGCGGCUACCAGAGGUGCCAGCCAGGAGCUUGAAGAGGCCAGGAAGGAAGGAGCCAACUGGAAGAAGGAGGCCGCAACGGCGAGAAAGGAGGUCGAAGUCCUGAAGCGUCGAAUUGCGGAGCAGGAUGAGGUGCUCGCCAAGCAGGCGAAGGAAGCUGAGAAAACGCAGCAUUGCCUGGACAGCUUGUUCAACGUCGACGCCGCCGACACCCAGGGCUAG